CACACUAAAUUUGUUGUGUAAUAUGGCCAGUUGGGAGAAGUGGGUGGAACGUAAUGCGAAGCCCAAAAUAAAAUUCUCAGUGCCCCAAUUGCCACAACCACCGACACGUUGGCAAAAGCCUGGACCAAUGGAUCGACAACAGUGGAUUGAUUUUCACAAAUGGGCCAAGGUAAAUGCGUGUCCACUGCAGCAGCGACCCAAACGAAAGUCACGAUCUGCACCGGAACCGACGCCCAAUUUGAAACCGGAUCGAUCGAUUCCGAUUUCGCCUUUGGUUUUUAUUUGUGUUGCAUCCGAAUUGCAAGCCGAGAGGGAUAGAAAAAGAGAACUCAAAGAAAAAAUUGAAAUCUUGAGUCAGCCGAAAUACAAACGGGAAAAGUAUUUGCCGCCACCCAAAAGGGAGCAUCCGUAUCGGCCGCAGCUCCCCUAUCGGCCACCACCGAAACCAGAGCGUGGACGGCCCACGGAGAAGCCCAAAGUGCCGUGCUGUUUUCAGCACGAAGAACUAAAAAUAAAUUUCUGGUCAAAUUUGCGUUUUAAAAUUUCCCCACAAGCACUUAAAGCCAAGCCUUCGAAAAAAGUUGUUGAACUGGCCAGACCGCGUACGUAUCCACCCAAACUUCACUGUCCGUUGCCGGCGAAUAAGGAUGAGAAAAUACCCAAGCGCAAGAAGAUGUCUGCGAAGCAAUGGAAGGAUCAUCUCAUGCGCCUGGAUUUCCUUUCUCAGCCAAAUCCCCGUGUCCUGGCCGAUCUAGCUCUCUCCUUUCCUGAUUUGAUAGUAGGUGCUGGCUUACAAGUAGGGUGUUUAUGUAAAUACUGUGGUUGCCCAACGGGUAAACCAGUGUACUACGAUUUGGUGGAUGAAUGAACUAUAUAAGGAUGCGUUCAUACCUCCAGCAAAUCGUUGUUCAAUGGAUCACGGCACAUUAGCAGUCAUUUGUCAAAAUUAAACGUUGAAAUUCACAGAGUCAAUAAUAUUCUACAAAAAUUUAGUAUAUUUUA